AUGUCAUUCACACCUGGAGGCACCGAUUACAGACCCACGGGCCAAGCAGCGGGGGAAGAAGGGGUGGAUGACCAUGGGGUUGUGGUCAAGGAGAGAGUGGCCUGUGAUCGUUGCCGUCAGAGAAAGACCAAGUGUAAUCGCGUUAAUCCGUGCUCACAUUGUACCAAGACGGAGGCGCAGUGUACAUUCACACUGGCACACAAAACCAAAGAAAGGCGGCAACGGGUCCUGAUCUCGAGUGUAUAUGAGAGGAGACUUGAGCAUGUUUCGAACAGAAUUGAGGAGCUCUACGGAGUUAUAGGGCAACUGAGAGAUGAGCGCCGCAAUGAUAGUAGUAGCCUUAUGGCCCCAACUGGAUUACGAACACUAUCAUAUUCAUCACCCCAAGAUGGCAGACUUCGGCCAUCCCACAACGCUCUAGCUCCAGCGGAAGGGAUUGAGUCCGCGUUGUUUGCCCAUGUCAUUUGCGCAGCAAGAGCUCUUGAAACCGCCGUGAUGAAUGACCCGUACUCCAGGGCCGUCGACGACAUAACCUCGGCGUUGAAUACUUUGCAGAGCACCCUCAAUGUCCAAAAGCAGCAAAACGAGACGCUGGAAGGAUCACGUUCAUUUCUAAAGGCGCUGCCUUCUGGUCUUAGUCUCGGGGAUUUGCCUAUCCCUCCCAUGGAUAAAAUCAUGGCAUGCCUCAGGAUCACUCAAGAGAGCUUGCCGAGCGAGAUUUACUGGCCCUUCGAAUUUGGCUCUCUGGGAGACUUCACUCAGUACGUGAUCAGAGCCUGCACACCCGGUCCGAUCAGCGAUAUGGAGCUGAUCAUAGUCCACUACGUCCUUUACUCGCUCUUCACCCAGUGCUCGAUUGGCGCCGAUGACGAAACACUCAGAGAGGACUAUGAUGUGCAAGCUGCAACGUGCAGAGAGAGCCUCGAGACAAUUCUAUCGAAUCUUUCCUUUCACAUCGAUACCAAUAUGGACUCUAUCUGUGCCUUGUACAUGGCAGUGCGAACGGUUUCCACAGCGUGGACGUUUAUUUCAAAAGCGUCCCUUAUGUGCCUGGCCUUGGGGCUGCAUAGCAGUCACGCCAUGGUAACGGAACAAGAAAACGCAGUGCAACGAAAGAUGUGCCUUUUCUGGGCUGUGUAUGCUCUGGAGAAAGCUGUGGCUUUACGGCUCGGCAGGCCAUCGACGAUUAGAGACCAGGAUAUCACCAUCCCACGACUCACUUUGGACCGCGAAAUGGCCUCCCUAGCAUAUAACCGGCUGCCGGACUGGAUCGAUGUCGCUAGCCUCUACGGCCGCUUGUACGAUAGCCUGUAUAGCCCGACUGCUUUGACCCAACCGGGUUCCGUUCGCGUGUCUCGUACCCGUGCACUGGCCUCUGAGCUGGAGCGGAUGAUAGCCGCGAGAACCGGAUACUAUAAUCGGCCAGACCUGUGGAGUAGCCAUGUCCUAGAUCUAAACCUUUCACAGUUCAUGAUACAUGCCAAUAGAGCUAUAGAAUACUCGACCCUGGUGUCCAUAUAUCGAGGAAUCCCAACAGAAAGACCUUCGGGUAUAGUACCAUGUACGCAAUGCAUCACUGCUGCGCGAGUAGCUCUUGAAGAGAGCGAAGCCAGUAUUGCCAUACUUUCCGAUGCAGCAAAAUGGCCGACCGGUCUUCACGAAUGGGUCAACGAGAUUCUUCUCCAAGCGCCGUUUAUCCCUUUCACAUUGCUGGUUUGCAAUGUUGUUGAUACUGCUGACCUGUCGGAUCUGGGGCGCUUGAAGAGAGUGGUUGACGGUUUACAGUCUCUGGCACAAUCACCGCGCUAUGCCAGCUGUAAUAGACAGCUGCGUAUUUUCAAGCCUCUAUAUGAUGUUGCUGCUCGUUAUGUCGAUGUAAAGACAAGCCGGGAAUCAGCGGACGCGAUUAGCAGUCUAUUCACUAAUUCCGACCCCGAUGGCUACCUCGAUCAUGACACUUGGCUAGGGAAUGAAUUCCCCCCUGCCUCGACUUUAUCAUUAUCGAAUAUGUUGUCACUCGAUUUUCUCCAAGCUCCAGCAGUUACAUCAUAUGAUGAGACGGCGGAACAUAGUCAACCAUAGAUAGAUGGAAAGUAAUCAUGUCGGUGUCCUAAUAGAGGAACCUGACAAGUCAUUGUCAAAACAGAAUGAAC